ACAACGAUUUUAGCUGAGUCGUGCGGUGUACAUUUCAAGUGAUCCAUCGGGCGGGAUAUUUGGUGGAGAAAUAGGAAAGUCCCCAACUCGCGAUUAGUGGAUUAGUGCGACUAAACCCGUUCGUGGUGAUUCGAGUGUGGUCGAAGAGUUUUUCAAGCCAGCGGUGGGUUAAGUACGGUGGUUUUGAUUCUGAGGAAGAAUAAAAAAUCACAGCUUUGCAAGUGACGAUCGUAACAGGUGACUCCUGAUGCAAUUGAUGCGGUGAGCCCGUAGCAGCAGAGAACCGGCUUUCGCGUGAUCAAUGGAUUGUGGUGACUGUCUCCAAUGCGAAAUCCGGCGCUAGUGAUUAAUGUGAAAAUUAUUCCGCUGGAAAAGUGUGGAGCCUUCUCUUGCUCGGCAGCCUACUAUUAUCAUAAUCAAGUGGACCAAAUGACGGCGCGAGCCUUUGGGAACCAUCUUCGGAUCUUUGAGGCAGAAAAUCGAGUACAAUUUGUUAUGUAAAUCAGAUGAUCCUCGCUCAGUUUCGCUGACGUUCGGUCGGCGCUGGUCAUUCGGUUGGUUAGAGUGUGCAGCCAAGUUAUGCUCUCUAUCUCGGGAACGACGAACGCGCGAGAUCACACUUUUACUUUGACUCUGGCGCUGCUGGCAGCAACCAGCGCAGAGAGCUCCCAAUAAAAACCGAUUGGAUAUUUUGAGAAAUUAGUGUCAAGCGGCUUAUUGCUGUGUGUCUUGUUUUUUUUUAUAUUCUGACCAGACUAAGUGUGUGACUGCUCAAAACUUACGGUCAUUUUAAUUCUUCCCUUUGUGCACAAAGUUCGCAGCCGCCGCCGUCGCCUCCUUGUAGUUCAUCUGCCGAAGGGAAGGUAACAUACAUAAAACAUCGCGAAUUUGGUGACAUCAGUCCACGGUCAUUCGGAGAGGUUCGGCGUGUGUGUGUAUGCAGCAUCACGUGAGAAGUGCUGAAACAGCGGUUGAAAAUGUAGCAAUUAGUGGGGUCGCUUCUGAAUCCUGUCGAGCGACUGCCAAAGGUCCCUGUUAGAACCGAGUGAAAGUCAGUAAAUUAAACGCAAAUUCAAAAGUGUGUGGGCAGAAAGCAGUUCAAGAAGUUGUUAUCAAACGCAGUACGACCGGUGGGAAGUCGGGCUCGUGUGCGCCGAUGGUGGUAGUGUGUUAUCAUCAGAUUUAAUUAAAAGUGAAAUACAAAACACACACUGAAACCACGCAGAUCAACCUUAUCGCGAGUCGGACGCGCCAACGAGAGCGUGUGGUGAAGUUGCGAAUUUUCAAUCCAGUUCGAUUGUUUGCGUCCCCCAUCGAAGCGAAAGUGCGAAUCACAGCAGGCUCAGCUAGCUAAUCAACCGUCGGUGGUGGAACGAAAUUACAUUGUUGCAGUGUGCUUAUCUGACGGGGUACGCAAAAACCAAAGGACAGUUCAGUGGAACGCGAAGAAUCUCAGUUUUUUUUAUAAGUGAUGCGAAACGUUUUCGCGGUGGUGUCGUUAGACCGGAAGAGAGAAGUAGUGUUUAACUGUUGCGGAAUUUUACGGUAACGGGAGAAGUGUAGUAGAGGCAGAAGUGAUUUGAAGACAGAAUCUGUGCACUGAUUGCUAGGAGGAUUCACGUGCGUACUAUAACUGAUCAUCGCACAAUUCAGAAUCAACAGUGUGUCGUUUUUUGCUUCCUAAACAUGUUAUUAUUGAAUAUAAACCGGUUAAAUCGUGAAACCCAUUAAGAAGAAAAAGUUUCCUCACCCCAAAAAGCGAAAAAAAUCGGCAAAAGAAAGUAAAGAAAGUGUCAAAAAGUCAAAUAAAUCUUCAGAAUGUUUUUAAUUCGUGCAAGUGCUAAACAAGCGAUGAAAAAAGAAGAAAGCCUAAGAUCAAAUCAGAAGUGGUAUAUUGUUGGUGUCCAGUAGAAAUUAAAAAACGAGUGCUAAAAAGUGCUAGAACCGCUUUGCUCCCCCCGGGUGGCAGCAGCGUCACGACGGCAAUCCGGGUGUCAGAGCAAUGAUGGGCGGUCAACGACUUGGGACGUUUCUGUCCUGUUAUCGAAAGCGCGAAAAUCAAGUACAUCUAAAUCACAGCCACCUCAUGAUCACCUGAGCAGGGGUUUUCAAAAAAAGGAGUAUUUAUUCUCAGUGCUCCUGAAAAGGUGGGAAGACCGAAGAGUUGUGAGUUUUUUUUAUUUUCCUCUCUCUCUCCUUCUCUGGAAAACAGUGAAAUUUCGUUGAUUUGCAAAAUUGUUCAUGGUCAGUGGAAGACUUCGACGGAGGGCCCUGGCCCUGCUGGGAGCCCUCCUGUUGGUUAUUUUCAUAUGGCCCCCGUGUUGUGCGACGAUGCCGAAGCCACUUCCGGCUCUGCUACCCGCCAUUCCGGAGAUUGAUCUACCCUCGGAACCGAUGCCUGCCGUUGCCGUUGUAAGCUCGGUACAGCAAAAUGCCACCGGUAAGAGUAGGAAAGCCAGUGAUGUUAGCCGCUUGAUGAACAUUUUCUCAACGACGACGACGAUGGUGCCAAGCGGGGAGGGUACCGAUGAGGUUCGAUCCGGGGAAACCGGAGGUCGUGGCAAGUCUGCUACGCACAGUCGCGAUGUCAGUAGUGCGAAUGCGAACGACAACCAAGGGCUAAAUUUACGCCGACAUGAAAAUAACUCUGCCGGUUCGUCAAUAGAAGAGUCUAUCGAUAAAAAUAAAUCACAUGAACAACAAACGUCUGACGGCGACGUCGCUCUGGUAGCACAGUCAGCAGUGUUAGAUAACGUCGUCGUCGUCAUUGCUGCGAGCGAGAGCGAAAAACCUUAUCGCCCCCAACCAAAGCAUCAACCCGAGCAGAUAACGCACAGUCCGACCAUUUUCAGCAUUCUGUUCCAAAAACCACCAACACCGGCAAGAAAAGCCAUCAACGAAGAACAGGUCAAUGACCGCGGCUACCAAAGUGCCGUCAAUCAAUCAGUAUUCAAUCUCACGUCCAGCGACGGUGGCGACGAAGACGAUCGGUCCAUCAUCUCCCCUACCUUUACCCUUCACUACUCCCACGAGCCGGUGGUACUGUCGAGGGUGGAACGUAGCGCCAUGGCGGAUCCGGCCGAAUUUCCCUACGGAGCAAGCCAGCAUCGCCAUCGGCAUCAGCACUAUCUGACAGGUAAUAGUACACUCACGGCGGCAGUACCAGCGUCCGGGCGGGGACGAGGGGGAAUAGGACGACAUCAUCAUCAUCAUCAUCAUCAUCACCUUCAGCACCAGUCCCACCAACAGCAACAUCAACAGCAGCAGCAGCAGUAUCGCAACGGGACUACCACCGGUGCAGGAGGCAGCGACGAUUCGUCCAAUCUAGAGCGCAAUGAACGAUCGGCAAAUCUGUCGCACAUAACCGGGGCGACGCGCAAGAUUCAACUCUACAUCAAGAACCGAUAUCUGCAGCUGCUGCCCGAUGGCACCGUCAACGGAACGCACGACGAUCAGAGCGAUUUCACAAUCCUCCAGCGAACGACCGUGGCCGCCGGUCAGAUCAGGAUCCAGAGCGUGGCGACCUGUUUGUUUCUCUGCAUGGACACCUGCGGGACAGUCUACGGUUCGAAAGACUUCACCGACGACUGCGUGUUCAACGAACAGAUCGAACAGCACCACUACAACACGUACAGCUCGACGCAGCACUCGAACGCACGCCGAACGCUCUAUCUGGCGCUGAACAAAACCGGCCAACCGCGCAAGAUCCAAAUCCCGAUCAACCGAACCCUGGGCAAGUUGGCUACCUACACGAAAGCCCUCACCCAAACGGUAGCUCACGAUCGCGUCGAGCGAUUGAUCUCGAGACUAUUCGGACCGAACCACGUCCGCCACGGACUCAAGCAGCUCUGCGAAUCCGGCAAAGCCUUGCAGGACCUGACGGCAAAGGUGAUGCGGCCGCGACCGGCCUGCGGUUCGGCGCGAAAUGCCAUCGCUAGUCAGCCCGCCGCGUCCGGCGGUGCCAAAGAAACGAAUCCGCCGGCAACGCCGGGCGGUAACAAGGACAAAGACACCAAGGACACACUGCGGAAGAAGAAGAAAAAACGACGGAAAUGCCGGGAGGACGAACCGGCCGGAGAGCACUGCUUUAGGCCGCUAGGUGGUAGCAUAGGUACAAAUAGUGGUAGGAGAAGGUCCCCAGGGCCGGCGAAAAGUCAAAGGUGCAGUUCGGAAGAUGGUGACUGUGCUGUUAGUCCUAGUAGUAGUAGUGGUAGCAGUAGUAGUAGCAGUAGCAGUAGUAGUAUUAUUAAUAGUGGCAGUCCUAAUAGUGCAAAUAGUGUAAGAAUUAGCAGCAGUAAUAAUCGUGCGAACACAACUCCAGCGAACGUACCAAAUGUAGUAGCUUCGGCAUCGGUACCCGGAUCGGGGCCGAAGAAGAAACUGGUGAAAAAAGUCAACAAUCGAAAUACUCCCAAUGUAAAUAACAAAAAACCCAAGAAGGGUCCGGGAAACGGAGGCGGAGGUUCCGGUCCCAACAAGAAAGCCAAACAACUGCAAAACACUAGUAGCAGUAGUAGUAUUAAUAGUAGUAGUCUCAGUAGCAGUAGUAGUUCAGUGCCAUCAGCCGUCAGGGGUAGAGGGAAAACAACAAGCACCUCUACCUCGUCGACGACAUCAACUCCAAUAAAAACAACAAUAACAACAACAACAACUAGAACAACAGCAGAGUCUACCUCCGUAACAACACCGGCGAUAUUUUCGUCGUCGCCUAGCAACAACCUAGAAGAAACGUCACAGUCCGAGGACGAACUGGAGGCCGAGCUGGACAUGGACGAUCUGCUGCAGGGAUCGAUCGAGCUCAUCGAGGAGGACGACAUCGACGAAGGAUCCCAACCACUAAAACCGACCGCUUCACCCUGGCAGAAGCAGCCUCUCCCGGCCAGUAACUGUUCACCUCCCGUUCCUCCCGCUGCUGUUUCUGCUUGCUCCAGCAGUGGCAAAUCACUAGCUGGACAGCCACGGGGCCGAUCCCUGGUAACGUAUAGCCUACUAAGCCUCUGCUCGUUGCUCAUCGCUUCCGGCGCUACCACGACCCGUGCUACGCAUCUGCUAUAUCUAUGAUCAGCUCCUUUCACGGGAAUCCUUCUUUCCAGGUUUUGAAGGAAAAAUAUUUGAAAUUUUAAUAGACUGAUUACUUUUUAACGCUGAACGAUAAUCAAAAUUUAUUCUGAUCCUUUUAACCCUCUAGCAGUUAAAACUGAAUAACACUUCUUGUUGACCAGUGAAGAGAAUAUAUUAUAUAAAUACUACACAACAAAAUAAAAACAAUAUAAACAAGGUUACGGUAAGCAAUGCAAGCUCAGGAGAAAUAUUGUUUUUUACAACCAGUGAACGCUUUGCUCGGACAACAAAAACGAAUCAACUAUUCAACGCAGAUUCUGAGAAUUGUACUUAUUACUUGUUAUAUAUAGGGAACCUGUAAACAAAUGUGUGUAUGCUAAGGAGUGUCAGAAUCGAAUGUCAAACUAGCGCGUGCUCGAACUGCUCAAAAAUCAAUUCCGUUUGGCAGCAGCUCUGCUUUCAAUCUCACAUGUUUUGGUUUUUGCUUUUCUUUACAAAUAGGACCGCGGUUUUGUCGGAGGAGCGGUUUUCGAAAUUAGUAUUUCCAUGACGAUAUUACUAGUAGAUAGGCUAUUUAACUGCAUUGUGUUCUGUAUGUGUAAAAAAUAGUGUUUCAGUUAAACAAAUAUGUGGCAUACCUACUUUGUUUGUAAAUAGUAGAUCAUAUUUAAGUGGAAAAGUAUUUUAGUUUACGAAAAUCACUAUAGGUUAAGUUAAUUUAUUCUACAGUCCAAAA